UUGAGAGGCGGCGAGGUGAUCGGAGUGGGGGAGGAGGAGGAGAAAUGGUGAAGUUCCUGAAACCGAACAAAGCGGUGAUCGUCCUGCAAGGCCGUUUCGCGGGGCGGAAGGCGGUCAUCGUGCGGGCCUUCGACGACGGCACGCGGGAGCGGCCCUACGGCCAUUGCCUGGUGGCCGGCAUCGCCAAGUACCCGAAGAAGGUCAUCCGCAAGGAUUCGGCGAAGAAGACGGCUAAGAAGUCUCGCGUGAAGGCCUUUCUGAAGCUGGUGAACUACAGCCACAUCAUGCCCACCCGUUACACGCUCGAUGUCGAUCUCAAGGACGUCGCCACCCUCGACGCGCUGCAGUCCCGCGACAAGAAGGUCACCGCAUGCAAGGAGACCAAGGCCCGCUUGGAGGAGCGCUUCAAGACCGGCAAGAACCGGUGGUUCUUCACCAAGCUCAGGUUCUAAGCUAAGGUAGCAUCUAUCUAGUUCUCGCAAUGCGUCUGCUUUCCAUUAAUGUGGGACGGUUCCGUGCCAAUGCUUGUUGAAAUCAGUAUAUGUUUUAGAUUCUCGUUUUCGUUCAUCUGACAAUCUUCAUUUUAUUUGGCUGAUCUAUGGACGUCGUUGUUGGUUUAAAUCAAUCGUGUUUGCCUACAA